CGGUCACAUUGAUUUCCAUGGUCCAAAGGGCGAUUUAACAAAACACUUGGCCAAUCGCAAUAAUUAUGUGGAGAAACACAAUCCUGAGCAGCAGCAAGCUGGCGGUAAGUGGUGGUGCUGCCACAUCCUGCCGACGCCUGGCAGUCGCUACUCCGAGACUAGCAAGCAGCCAACAGCAGCCAAAGGCCAGCGAGAAUGAGUCGUUUAUGGCCAACAUAUUCAGAGGAUCGCUGGUUGCGAAUCAAGUCUUCCCCUACCCGGACGUAUUGACCGCCGACCAGAAGGAGCUCACAAACAGUCUGGUGGACCCGUUCGAGCGCUUCUUCGCCGAGGUCAACGAUGCGGCGCGAAACGAUGCGAACGCCAAGAUGGACGACGCCACUGCGGAUGCGCUGUGGGAACUGGGCGCUUUUGGCAUCCAGGUGCCAGCGGAUUACGGCGGCCUCGGCUUGAACAACACCCAGUAUGGACGCCUGUGCACAAUUGUAGGCGCCAACGACCUGGGACUAGGCAUUACGAUCGGUGCGCACCAGAGCAUUGGCUUCAAGGGAAUACUGCUGUACGGGACGCCCGAACAGAAGCAAAAGUACCUGCCCAAGGUGGCCACCGAGAAGGUGUACGCGGCCUUUGCCCUCACAGAGCCAAGCUCUGGCUCCGAUGCCGGUUCCAUUCGCUGUCGCGCCGUUAAGAGCGCCGACCAGAAACAUUACGUGCUAAACGGUUCCAAAAUCUGGAUAUCUAACGGAGGCAUUGCCGAAAUCAUGACUGUAUUUGCUCAGACCGAGCAGGUAGACCCCAAGACGGGCGAGAAACGGGACAAGGUGACCGCGUUCAUUGUGGAGCGAUCCUUUGGUGGCGUGACCAGUGGUCCGCCCGAAAAGAAGAUGGGCAUCAAGUCAUCUAACACGGCCGAAGUUUACUUUGAAGAUGUGAAAAUCCCUAUCGAGAAUGUGCUGGGAAAGGAGGGAGAUGGCUUCAAGGUGGCCAUGAACAUCCUAAACAAUGGUCGCUUCGGCAUGGGCGCAACGCUGUCGGGAACGAUGAAGAAGUGCAUCGAACUGGCCACGGCACACGCUAACAAUCGGGUGCAAUUCGGGCACAAACUGAAGACGUACGGCUCUAUCCAGGAGAAGCUCGCCCAAAUGAGCAUUCUUCAGUAUGCCACCGAGUCGAUGGCAUACACCAUUUCACAGAACAUGGAUGCCGGCAGCAAGGACUAUCAUUUGGAGGCGGCGAUAUCAAAGAUUUACGCCUCGGAAAGCGCCUGGUAUGUCUGCGACGAGGCUAUCCAGAUACUGGGCGGCAUGGGCUACAUGAUGGACACUGGACUCGAGAGAGUGCUGCGUGAUCUGAGGAUCUUUAGAAUUUUCGAGGGCACCAACGACAUUCUCCGGCUGUUCAUCGCCCUGACGGGCAUCCAGUAUGCGGGCUCGCAUCUGAAGGAGCUGCAGCGCGCCUUUAAGAAUCCGGCCGCCAAUUUGGGUCUAAUCUUUAAGGAGGCCUCAAAGCGGGCUGCCUCAACGGUAGGCCUGGGCGGCACAGACCUCAGUGGUCAUGUAGUGGACGAACUUCAGCCAUAUGCCAAGAAAACAGCCCACUGCAUCGACCUCUUUGGCCAGUCCGUGGAGGAGCUCUUGUUGCGCUACAACAAGAACAUUGUGCACGAGCAGUAUUUGCUGACCCGGCUGGCGAAUGCCGCCAUAGACAUAUACUCAAUGGUCGUGACACAGUCGCGAUCAUCUCGCGCCGUCAAGCUAAACCUACCCACUGCCCAGCAUGAGCUCGAUCUGACAAAGGCGUUGACCAUUCAAGCAUCGGAGCGGGUCAUCAAGAACCUGCAGGCCGCCACGUCCAGGAGUAGUAAGGCUUUGAAUGACAAAAUGUCGGAGAUAGCCGUAAAUAUAUUGGAAAAGGAUGGUGUAAACACAACCGGAGUCUUGGAUCAAAAUUAGAAAACGAAACUAUCAUACGAAUUUCACAUCGAUACCUUUUCAUUUCUUUCGAUAAAUAAAAAAUGAAUGUAAUUGAAUAAUUGUA